AUGUCGGUGAAAGAUACAGGUGUGAUCAUGUCUAUUGACUACACAGUACUUGUGAUUGCCGGUCUGCUUUUUUGGCAUGGAAUUCGCGGUAUAUCAUCUCAGGGGCCUGUAAUCUGUGAAGCUACAAUCCAUGCACUUCUUGUUCUUGUAACAGCAGGGUUUGCUGCAGGCAGACUCUUCCAUGACUGGCCCCUUUCAAUCCAACCCGCUCGGUUGAUCAAGAAGGUGGAAAUUAGCUCCUGCUGCUGCAUACGAAGGGACUGGCUUUUGCUUUUAUUGUACAGCAUAAAGUUGGUUGAUAUCUCAUUCCUCUACCAUGUCGAGUUGCUGACUGUGUUAAAAGGUCGUUUGGUAGCUUUCGAGAGACUAUUGACCAUGGCGCAGCAGGUACUCAGCUUUUUGAGCUGGUUGGCACCAGAUGUGCCCAGCAAUGAGGAUGCGAAAGACGCUUCAAACAUCCGCACACCAAUGUCUCCUGGACGGCAAACCGGGCUCUACCAGUUCGCAAUUGAUGACAUUAAAGGAGUCGAAUGUUAUUACAGUUUGAUGUAUGACUUGAAAUCUACUCGCGUACUAUUUGCCGCGAAAACCAAAGAUGGAAUCAGGGUAGGGAUAUCUGAUUGGGAAAUGUUCAUCAAAGCAAAGGGUGCUAGGGGCGCAGUCGAAAAGAUGGAUGAGGAUCUGAAAGAACUCGCAAGCAAAUACAGGCUAGCCUGGGAUGAGGGAUUGGGCACAGCUGAUGUCUUGGAGAAUGAGCGGAAAUGAUCAACCCCAUUUUGCAUCCCUGAAAAUUGUAUUUUAAGUAUAGUCUUUGGCUGGGUGGAAAACUAGGAUAUUGUUUUAACCUUACCCGGC